CUGGUGGGCUGGCACGGGCUGGUUGGUCGGUUGGGUUGAUGGUAGCCAUGGCUCGAGUCGCUGCGCUACUGCUGCUACCGGUUCUUUUUGAAUCGGUGUUUUCAAUUUCAUUCUUUUUACCGGUCAACUCCAGAAAGUGUUUACGGGAGGAGAUCCACAAAGACGUGCUGGUGACGGGGGAGUAUGAAAUUAGCGAACAGGCGAACACGAAAACUAACCUGAAGAUCACAGACUCCUCCAGCCACACUCUUUACUCCAAGGAAGAUGCAACAAAAGGAAAGUUUGCAUUCACCACAGAGGACUAUGACAUGUUUGAGGUUUGCUUCGAGAGCAAGUCACCCAUGGGAACUGGAAGGGUGCCAGACCAGCUGGUCAAUCUGGACAUGAAGCAUGGCGUUGAGGCCAAAAACUAUGAAGAGAUCGCCAAGGUGGAGAAACUGAAGCCUCUUGAAGUUGAGCUGAGGCGACUGGAAGAUCUGUCAGAGUCCAUCGUGAACGACUUCGCUUAUAUGAAGAAGAGAGAAGAGGAGAUGAGGGACACCAACGAGUCCACCAACACACGCGUGUUGUACUUCAGCAUAUUCUCCAUGUGUUGUCUCAUCGGACUGGCCACAUGGCAGGUCUUCUACUUGCGGCGCUUCUUCAAGGCAAAGAAGCUGAUUGAGUAGAGCGACACUCCCCUCCCGCCUGGCUCCUUACCUCGAGGGAAGCUGCCUGCCGGUCAGCCAACACAUCCCAACAUCCACCCUCCUUGGACUAGCUUCAGCAAACAACAACAACUGGGGUUGAGGGGCUCAAAAUCUAGUUUUCAAGGCUGUGAGAGAAAGAGAGAGAAAGAGUACCAAGGUUGCCCUCUGAAAAAACAAAAAGAUUCACCUGCUUAUUUAGUGGUUUGAAACAUGCAAAGCGCUGCAGGGAGAAAUGCACUGUGAGACAUGGGAGGUGAAUUAGCGCCUGUCUCCAUGCGACACAUUUCUGUCUGCACUGUUUGGAAUGUUACAGCUCACUGAAUAAGAACUUGUUCCUUCAAUCAGUUGAACAGUGGCGUUUGAUUUUGAGCUCAGUUUGAAUGGAUGUGCCAUGAGCGAAUGUCUUCUGCCCUUCUGUUGAUAUACACAUCCUUUGCCAUGCCAAGCAAACUAGAUCCUUGGUGCCCUUUUAUCAAGUGAAGGCUCUUUGAAAACGUGGUCUGUUGUUACUUUGACAAGACAUUCGGCAACCACAGAAAUUCUGUGUUUUGUCACUUAAUUUGCAUACAUGUUCGGUAGCUAAAUUUAUCUGUGUCUUUAGUUUGUUUUCAUAUUGUAAUUGCCACUUAGUUGCUUCUAAUGGUAUAUUUUUUUUGGGGGGGGGGCGUUGUGAGUUGUCAGAGUAAUAUUCUCUUAGUUGUAAAUUAGGUCACUUCUAUGAGCUCUUGCACGUUCUUGUUUUGUUUUUGGAACAUUAAUGUCACCAAUCAAAAGUAGACAGGAACCAAAAACGUUGUUUUAAGGAAGGAAUUUGCAACAGCAUAUGUAUAUGGCUAUGACUAAACCACCCACCUGAUUUCUAUGAUGCAAUUUAUAUAUAUUUGUGCAGGUUUCUCUUGUCAGAGGUUAACGGAUGUUUUGGCAGGAAAUGUGAGGCGAUCCAAACUAUUUCUGAAAUGUCCUUUCAGUCACAUGAACUUUUUCUUUACACUGGUAAGUUUAGUUAUUCUUUUGAAGUUUUCAAAAUAUCACUUCCCAAUUACAGUACUUACAGAUCCAUCCAGUGUGCUUCUUUCAUUAGAAAUGUUUACGAGGCUUUGGGUGACGUGAGAAUGUGGGUGGCCGCAGAUAUUCAGAUUGUUUUUGACAAGGGUUAAUUGAGGCAUCUGUCAUGGGUACAUUUUUAACAAUGAACAUGCGCAUCACGCGCAGUCAAUGAUUUUUAUGUUGACUGACAAAUUUUGUAAAUUUGUGUUGGGCUUUUAUUCAAUAAAAUAUUGGAUGGAUUUACAUUA